AUGCACCUCACGCGCAAUCAAUGGCUCCAAGCCCUCACCCUCGCCCUACUCCCAAUCCAAGCCACCGCCAAAAUCCUAACCACAGCCCCCGAUCCCACCACCCCCGCCCUAACCUACAGCAUCACCAUCCCCAACACCAACACCAACACCAACACCAAUACCACCUUCCCCCAAUCCUCCUCCCUCAAUUCAUCCGAAAAGACCCAAGCCGGGACUGGACCAAUCUACCUCCGCCUCACCGCCCCAACAACGAUGCAAUGGGUCUCCCUCGGCCAAGGGCCCGACAUGGCCACCGCCAACAUCUUCAUCGUGUACGCGGCCUCCGCCACGACCGUCACGCUCUCCCCGCGGUCCGGGGGCCAGGGCCAGCCGAGUUAUAACCCCGCUGCCAAUGUGACGCUGCUCGAGGGGUCGGGGAUCGUGGAUGGGAGGAUGGUGGCGGAGGUGCGGUGUGAGAACUGUUGGGGGUCGUGGCCUGCUGCUCCUUCUGGGUCUGGUGGUGCUGUGGUGGAGGGGGGUGAGGGUGGGGUUGGAGCUGCGACUGGGGCUGCGACUGGGGCUGGUGGUGGUAGCGGCGGGUUCGUGAUGGAUCGCAACGGGAAUGAGACGGCGUGGUUCUGGGCGUAUCAGCUGGGUGCGCCGCUGGACAGUGCGGAUGUGGGGGCGGAGUUGGGGAUGCAUGAUGUCAAGGGGGAGAUGGUGUGGGAUUUGAGGGAGGCGGGGUUCGAGGUUGGUGAGACGGGUUUGGAGGAGGGGUUUAAUCCGUUUGCUUGAGGGGUUGAGGUUCAUUGUAGAGGGGGAGGUGCACUGUCGAGGGGAAGGUGGUGAAGAGGUAGUUUGUUGCGUGGAAGGGUGGGUGGGUGGCAGUGCAUGGAGUAGGGGUUUGACAGUCUGGUGGAGAGUGUACUGGGCUCAUAAGCAGGUAGAACGAGGAACGUGAGAAUGGAAACCAAACGAGGGUGGAACCAGCAUAUGCAAGCGACGAAAAC